AUGUUCCAUUUUCAAAUGGUGUUAAACCGGAGAGAAAAUAGCAUCUUUCUAUUACCUCAGAUUGCUCAACAAUGUCUGGUCUUCCUGACAACUGGAGAGGUACCUGAAGAUUCUACUGGCUUCAAAUUGCUCUUCACUAGCAUUGAGAAGGAGGUGGAGGAUGUCCCGUUGAAGUUUGAGCUCCCAGGUGGCAUCCCAAAAUGGGUCAGAGGCACACUGAUUAAAAAUGGACCUGGGAAGUUUGAAAUGGGAGACAAGAGAGUCGUUCACGCGUUUGAUGGUUUCGCCAAGUUGAGUAGCUGGAAAUUCCCUGGAGAUGGAGAAAGUUUGUACUUCACUACAAAGAUGCAGCAGACCAACUAUUAUAAAGACUCAGUUGCUACCAACACUAUCGCCCCCUAUGUUCUGUUUGCUGGAACAAUUCCUGAAGAAAACACAAUUCAGAAGAUGCAACGUAUGAUGAAUGGUAUGGACAAUAACCUAGUCAACGUUUAUGAAAGUUCAAAGACAAAUCCAGACCCUGAACUUGUUGCUUUAAAUGAUAUGUGGAAAUUAUACACUUUAAAUAUGACUAAGGUAGAGCUGAAGAAAACGUACAAGCCAUUUUUGCCUAAACAUAUCGAAGAUCCAGACUCAUCUAUGAAAGGUUUCCUUGAGAACAUAAUGGGUAUUAAAAUGCCAGAGAUUCCAGGUUUGAGCUCGGCUCAUCCAUUGUUCGAAUACAAAAAAGAUAACUGGGUUACUUAUUAUGUUAAAAUUGAAUUGGACGGUCAGUCUGAAUUCAGCGUGAUUCGUUUGGGUGAAGAUAUGGUUCCUAAAGAAGUCACUAGCUGGAAAGUCGAUAGUAAUGCUAUCCCAUAUAUGCAUUCUUUUGCAGUUACUGAAAACUACGCUGCUUUCUUCGCCACACCUUGUUACUUUGAUUUUCCUCAUUUAAUGGCUGAAGGUACCUUUGAUAUAAAAUCUGCCAUGCGUUGUGAGCCCAAUGACCCAAUGGUAAUCUAUGUGGUUGAUUUACGCACAAGCAAAAUGACCAAAUUAGAAACAAAAUACCCAGGUUUGAUUAUUCACUUUAUUAACUCUUAUGAAACUGACAAUGGGACAAAAAUUGUCGCAGAUUGCACUCAUUUCCCUGGUUUUGAACAGCUAACUGGAAUUACUGUCCCGACUAUGAUAAAUGUUGAAGAAAGAAACAAGUUUGAAACUCCAAAUAGAUUGACUCGAUUCACACUUGAUUUAACAACACUAACUGUGACCGCAGAGCAUUUACAUAGUAUGCCAUCUAUUGACAGCGUCAUGACUCACAUUGAAUUCCCUGUUAUUAAUGAAAAUCACCGUUCUUUGAAUUAUUGCAAUUUCUGGGGUACCAUUUUUAAAGCUGAUAACAUUCAUUACGGUAAAUGGGCCAUUGGAAAAAAGAAUGUCUGUGGUAAUCCAAGUGCUGACCUUAUAUGGCACAAACCUAACCAUUACCCUAUGGAACCCUGGUUCAUUCCCCGCCCCGAUUCUUCCUCCGAGGAUGAUGGGGUUGUCAUCACCUCUAUUUUAGAUGGAGAAAAGGGCAAAAAUUAUUUGGCUGUUUUAAAUGGUACCACAUUGGAAAUGAUGAACUAUGCAUAUAUGCCUAUACAUUUACCUAUGGAUUUCCAUGGUCGAUUUAUUGCAAAUAAGUUUUAAAGUGUAUAUAUAGUUUAUUUGUAUUCGUAAAUAUUUAAGAAAUAUAUUGAAUUGAAAUUUCAAUAAAACAGAUAAUUGUAGUUGUUUGAAAGCCAGAGUAAAGCUACAGAAUUUAAAGUUAUUAUUGAUAAUAAUAACUUUAAUACUGGACUAUGUUGGACCUGUCAAAAGCGUUUGACAAUGUUGAUCACCAUAUUUUACUUGACAAGCUUGAUUUUUAUGGUUUGAGAGGUAAUGUAAAAAAACUGGUUGGCAUCUUACUAAAAGGACAGAGAACCGAUCAUUUGUUAUAAUUACGAAUGUUCUGACGAAGAAAUCAUAAAAUCUGGCAUUCUUCAGGGGUCAAUUAUAGGACCAACUUUUUUAAUAAAUGUAUAUGAUACACUUAGAAUGGAAUCAAAUCACUGUAACCUGUUUCUUU